AUGGCAGGGCUGAGCUUAGCUGAAGCCUUGAAGAUCCCUAAAGCCCUUGUUAGUCCCUUGAAAGUUUAUGGUUCAGCAAUGCCAACUUGGUUUCCUUCUUCGGUCCUCGAUAAAUACAUCGUUUUCGAUGUUACCGACACUGGCGACAUGGCAGAUAAGGUCGCUCUUUUCUCCGGCGAAGUCACCCAUGUACUCAGCCACAUCACGGUUCAGACUGGCACCCAACAUUACAUGAGUCCGAUCCAUGAUCUAUCGGAGAUGACUCGUGGUUCCAACCCCCAUGAACCGCCCUUUAUGGAGGAUUUACCCCGGUUUCCUUACCCUAACUUCUACUACGCACUUGAAGACUUCGUGAAGUCAUACGUACCGACGUUGACAUACAUUGUUCACUGUUCGUCGAUCAUAAUCUGUGCUACUUACCCUAACAGUGUAUGCAUCGAUCUGCUGAUAUGA